UUUCCUUCCUUCGAUCUCUUCUUUCAAAAUGGACACGUGUCGUCUUGCUGGCUUUUUAGCAGUUUUUCUCCUUUCUUUGUGCAGUUUYUCGCUUGCAGGGAAAAGGACCCUUGUCCUUAUAGACAAUGCAAACACAAAGGAGACUCAUUCCAUCUUUUUUGGCACUCUAAAAGAAAAAGGUUUUGAGCUGACUUACAGGACAGCCGAUGACCCAAGUCUUGCCCUGGUCAAAUAUGGUGAAUUUUUGUACGAUAACCUCGUCAUUUUUUCACCAUCUGUUGAGGAGUUUGGUGGCUCUCUAAAUGUUAGAGCAAUCACAGACUUCAUUGAUGGAGGUGGUAACGUCCUUGUUGCUGGAAGCUCUUCYAUUGGUGAUCCAYUGCGUGAGCUUGGAAGCGAGUGUGGAGUAGAGUUUGAUGAAGACAAGACCUCUGUUAUUGACCACAUCAAUCAUGAYGUCUCAGAUCUUGACCAGCACACUCUGAUUGUUGCUGAACCAAGCCGUGUUAUUCAAGCACCAACAGUUACUGGAAAGAAAGUCARCAGUCCAUUGUUAUUCAAGGGUGUAGGAAUGACUGCUGAUGUUGAUAAUCCAUUGGUAUUGGAAGUGGUCACAGCCUCAUCUACAGCUUAUUCCUAUUUCACYGAUACAAAGAUCUCUGAGUAUCCACAUGCCGUUGGCAAGAGUACUCUGUUGGUAGCUGCCCUUCAAGCUAGAAACAAUGCAAGAGUUGUGUUUUCUGGAUCUAUUGACUUCUUUAGUGAUGAGUUUUUCCAAAAGCCUGUCCAAAGCUCCAAAGCAGGAUCAAAGCCAUAUUCCAAGUCAGGCAAUCAGGACUUGGCYKCUGCUUUAGCUGACUGGGUCUUCAAACAACAAGGUGUACUGCGUGUUAAUGAAGUCAAACAUCACAAAGUUGGACAAACUGAGCCUCCAGCAGCAUACACCAUCGAGGACAAUGUUUUCUACAGCAUCCAAAUUGAAGAGUUGGUCAAUGGUCARUGGCAGCCAUUCAGAGCAAGUGAUGUCCAGAUGGAGUUCUUUAGAAUUGACCCUUUUGUGAGGACCACAUUGAACAGGACAAGAGAGGGAUUGUUCACWGCACAGUUCAAGCUGCCUGACGUGUAUGGCGUGUUUCAAUUCAAAGUAGAAUACAAUCGCAUUGGCUACACAUACUUAAACAGCAAGACACAGGUGUCCGUGCGUCCCAAACAGCAUACUCAAUAUGAACGAUUUAUCCCGUCUGCCUAUCCCUACUAUGCCAGUGCAUUCUCAAUGAUGAUAGGUUUGUUUGUGUUUGCCAUUGUAUUCUUGCAUCACCGUGAAGAAGGCAAAGUGAAAGCAGACUAGUAUUGUCAUUCAUUGUAGUUCAAAYCAUUUUGUAAUUGCCAGUUUUUGAAUUGUUUUUGCACUAAUAAAGAUAUUAAAGUUUAAUGUG